AUGUCCCUCCGCCCAACCCUCCUCACAAAAUGGAUCUCGCGGCCAAGGGAGAUCCUCAAAUCGAACCCAAGCUUAGCCUCAUACCUCCACCCCUCGACCCGCCCAUCCCUCGCACGCCGCAGCAUAAUAUUCCCGUCCGCAGGGCAAGCAACACGACGAAGCCUUGCCACAGCGCGGCUUUCGACGCGCACCCGGCCGGGACCGACCUCGUUCCAGCCCAAGCAGCGCCGGUUCAAUUCCGGGUCGGCUGGCGGUGGUGGUAAGGGUCCUGGUGCUGGCGCUGGAGCUUCAGAGAAGGCAUCGCUGUCGCAGCGGCUGAAGAAGCUCUCACGGGAGUAUGGAUGGGCUGCGCUGGGGGUGUAUCUUGGACUGUCGGCGCUGGAUUUCCCAUUUUGUUUUGCGGCUGUGCGGUUGCUUGGUGUUGAGCGCAUUGGGUACUAUGAGCAUGUCGUUAUUGGAUUCGUUAAGGAUAAGCUCAAGUCUGUGUGGCCGCAGACUAAGGGUUCGGAGGCGGAGGAUGGGCAGGGGCAACUUGCUCAGGCUGAGGAGCGGAAUCAGGAAGAAGCUAGUAUCUGGACACAAUUGGUUUUCGCUUAUGCCAUCCACAAGAGCUUUGUGUUUAUUCGAGUGCCGUUGACGGCGGCUGUGACGCCAAAGGUUGUGAAGAUGCUGCGUGGAUGGGGUUGGGAUAUUGGGAAGAGAAAGCCCAAGAGUACGUGA